UCCUCUUAUUACUUCCCAGUAUUACGUUUUAACCAUGUUUAUUUGUUUAUUUGUUGAUCGUAGUGUAUUGCGCGUGGUGGUGGGGGUAGUAAGUGUUGAGUAAUGUAGUAAAACGUGAUAGUUAAUGUGUUGGUGUUGUUGGUGUUGGUGGCGGGGGACGCUGUGUGAGACUCCAUGUUGACCAGCACCCAACAACACCACCAACAUGAAGAAAGAUACUGCAUGGCGGGACAUGAUGGCUCACCCUGGCGGUGGCAAUGCUCCCAGAGGACGCAACAUGCCCCAUGAUGGCGAGGAGAAAGGAAAAAUGUUUGUUGGGGGAUUGUCAUGGGAGACAACGCAGGAGUCUCUGCAGCGUUACUUUGGCCAGUAUGGGGAGGUAAUAGACUGUGUGGUCAUGAAGAACAGUGAGACUGGCAGGUCUAGAGGCUUUGGCUUUGUUACCUUUGCUGAUCCUAAUAAAGUUGACUCGGUUCUGAAGAAUGGACCCCACGAGCUUGAUGGACGUACGAUUGACCCGAAGGCAUGUAACCCACGCAGCAUGCAAAAGCAAAAAAGGAAUGGGAAUUGGCCUAAGGUAUUCCUUGGAGGCUUACCGUCAAACCUUACAGAAACAGACCUUCGAAAUUUCUUUUCUCGUUUUGGAGGGGUCAUGGAAGUGGUUAUCAUGUUCGAUCAGGAAAAGAAGAAAUCUAGAGGCUUUGGAUUUUUGUCCUUCGAAACGGAAGAGGCUGUGGAUAGAGCGGUGGCAGAGCACUUUGUCAACAUAAAUGGAAAGCAGAAGGUUGAAAUAAAGAAGGCGGAGCCAAGAGAUGCCAGCAAGGCGCAGGAGGAAGGUGGACAGUGGGGUACACACCCAGACAAUCAGUGGGGGAUGCCAGUGGGACCACCUGGAAUGCCUGGCCUUAACAAUGGUAUGGGACCUGGUAACAUGGGACCACCACUUGGCCCUCCCCUUGGCCCACACAAUAGCCAGAUGGGGGGACACAUGGGCACCCAGGGCAUGGUACAAGGUCCUUAUCAGGGAUGGGGCACUCCUCCACAACAACAAGGAUAUCCACCUCAGGGGUAUGGUGCCCCUCAAGGUCCGGGGGGAUACCAAGGUUGGGGUGCAGGACAACAGCUGCAACAGUGGGGGGCACCAAAUUAUGGUUCCCCUGGCGGCCAGCAGUACGGGAGUUUUGGGCCCAUUGAGGGUGGAACGUGGGGGUGGACGUCCCCCACCUCUCCCUCCACACCUCAGCCACACGAACGUGACCCAUAUGGCCGCAAUGCUCCUAUAGGUGCUCUGAUGACGGGCGCUCCUGGUGCUCCAUCUCCUAACCUUGCUGCAGCUGCUGGUGCUCAGCCCGGUGGUAAGGCAUCAGCAGACUACAGUUCUUGGGGUCAGUUCAAUUACAACCAGAUGAGCGGAGAGAACUCUGCAGCUGCAGCAGCUGCAGCGUUCAAUCACGGCCGUGGCUACAACGACGGUGGGGCCCCGGGCCCGGCACCCGCCCACCAGGGUGAACUUGGCACUUUUCUUUGGGAGCAACUGACUCUCUACAAUGCUUACAACCAGCUGUUUUCAGGGGCAGCUCGGUAUGGUAGUGAGGGUGUUAUCGGGCAAGAGGGCGGAGAUCCACACACCAAUGGGCGGCCCUCGCCUAGUAAUGCUCAGCCAUUGUCAUACAUCCAGCUAUAGUCAUGGAUUCUGAGGGUUCAUUGUGUAGAUGACUUGAGCCCAUGCUGGAAGAGUGCCAUAUUUUGCAAGAAUUAUGUGCCACAAAAAGUUUAAAGUUUGGAAGUACGAAUGGUAAAACUUGUCAAAACAACUUCAGUUUGCCUCUAGAACUUUUCCCCUUGCCAUCUCUAUGAUGGUAUGAUUUAGGAUAACGGGGAUUUGGUAAGGUUUUCAUUUCAACAUUUGUGGCUGUAACUGGUAAAAUUGGCCUUAUUGAAUAGUUGAUCUCUUGCUCACAAUUACAUGGUCAUGUUACCAUGUCAGGAGAGUAACCAGCUUUUAUAAACUGUAUAAUAGUUUAUUAAUUAAAUUUAGUGUUUUGUAAAGAGUAUUUAUGGCCUCCAUUUAAAAGAGUAGAUUGAAGUUGCUCUCAUUCAUGUAAUUGUCUUUGGCAUUAUAUAAUAUACAUGUGUAC